AUGCAAGCCCAGAGGGACAACCCUUCCCUGCGAUGCUCACUAUCGCUGCUGCUGCUGGGCCUGGUGUUGCCCUUAGUGUUCUCCCAGACCCUCAGCUACAGGGAGGCUGUGCUCCGUGCUGUGGAUGACUUCAACCAGCAGUCCCUGGACACCAAACUCUACCGCCUUCUGGACAUGGAUUUUCAGCCCUCAGGGGAUGAAGACCCAGAUACCCCAAAUUAUGUGGGGUUCAGAGUGAAGGAAACAGUAUGUGACAAAGCAACAUAUCAGACACCACCUGAGCAGUGCAACUUCAGGGAACACGGGCUGGUGAAGCAGUGUGUGGCGACAGUCAACCAGGGCACAGAUUCUUUUACAGACAUCAGCUGUAAAGGGCCUGGGACACAGCCCCAGCGGGUCAAGAAAGUUGCCCAUAUUGGUGAACUUCUCCGAAGAGGUGGGCUGAAGAUUGGUCAAAAGAUUGAGAAACUUGGCCAGAAAAUCCUGAAUUUUUUCCAGAAAACUACACCUGAGGGAGAGAAGUAG